GGCGCGUGUGCCUAUAUCCAACUUUAUAGGUCUUAACUGGCUAUAGCUCUUACAUGGCUAGCGAUUUAUGCUACACCCUCGUCCAUCUGGACGAUGCGACCGAACAACCGAGCAUCCAAGACUUCCAGCGAGCUUUCGAAAAAGGCUCUGAGGAAACUAAGAUCGAAACGAUGAAAAAGCUCCUCCUCAUCAUGUUGAACGGUGACCCCAUGGAGAAGCUGCUGAUGCACGUUAUUCGUUUCGUCUUACCCUCAAAGAACAAGCAGCUCAAGAAGCUGCUUCAUUUCUACUGGGAGAUAUGUUCCAAGACCAAUCCUGAUGGCAAGCUGAAGCAGGAAUUCAUUCUUGUUUGCGAUACCAUCAGAAGAGAUUUGCAGCAUCCUAACGAAUACAUCCGAGGCGCUACUCUUCGUUUCUUAUGCAAGAUUAGAGAACCAGAAGUGCUUGAGCCACUGCUACCAUCUUGCAGAGCUUGCUUGGAACAUCGCCACUCAUAUGUUAGGAAAAACGCUGUUUUUACCAUCUAUUCUAUCUACAAACAUUUCGAAUAUUUGAUUCCGGAUGCUCCAGAGCUGAUCCACAGCUUUUUGGCUGGCGAGGCUGAUAUGACUUGCAAGCGAAAUGCUUUCAUCAUGCUGUCUAAUACUGCUCCUGAUCGCGCUGUCGAGUACUUGAUGGAUGUCUUACCUCAGGUCCCUACCUUUGAUGAGCUUUUGCAGCUUGCUGUUAUUGAACUCAUUCGCAAGGAUAGCAAAACCAACCCUAAUCAUAAGGCUGCUUAUAUUCGAUGCAUAUUUGAGUUGCUCAAUGUACCAUCACACUCUGUCAAAUACGAUGCCGCCACUACCCUGAUGACCCUUACUCACAACCCUGCUGCCGUUAAAGCCGUGGCAUCUUGUUUCAUUGAUUUGAGUAUCAAGGAAUCAGACAACAAUGUGAAGUUGAUUGUCUUGGAUCGUUUCGAAGACCUUCGUGCCAAGCAUGGAAAGGUUCUAGAUGAUCUUGUCAUGGAAAUUUUGCGGGUGCUUUCAAGCCCUGAUCUUGAUGUCCGUCGUAAAGCAAUUCGCAUUGCCCUCGAGAUGACUUCAAGCAGAAACGUGCAAGAGGUUGUCCUCUUCCUUAAGAAGGAGCUCGCUAAAACCCAUGAUCAAGAAUACGAAAAGAACAACGAAUAUCGUCAAUUGCUCAUUCAGUCCAUUCACACUUGCGCCAUCAAAUUCUCAGAAGUUGCUGCAAAUGUCGUUCACGUCCUCAUGGAGUUCUUGAGCGACUCUAACAACCCUUCGGCUGUCGAUGUCAUUGCUUUCGUACGAGAAGUCGUUGAAAAGUUCCCCGAUCUCCGCUCAGAUAUUACCGACAACCUGUUGGAGAACUUGUUAGAGAUGAAGUCUGGAAAGGUGUUCCGUGGCGCUCUCUGGAUUAUUGGUGAAUACUGCAUGGGAACAAAGGAUAUUGAGAAAGCAUGGAAGCAGAUUCGUGCUGGUUUGGGUGAAAUCCCAAUUUUGGCAUCUGAGCAGCGAUUGCUGGAAGAGGCUCAAAAGGACCAAGAUGGCGAAGAGGAGGAUUCAAAACCUGUGCCAACCACUAGCGCUGCUCCCCGUCGCAUUCUUCCUGAUGGCACUUAUGCUACAGAAAGCGCAUACACUUCUAACGCUGUCACUGCAUCCAAGUUAGACGCUGUUAAGGCAGCAGCUAAACCCCCACUCAGAGCCUUGAUUUUGAACGGUGAUUACUUCCUUGGUUCUGUCUUGGCUACCACCGUAACAAAGCUGGCAUUGCGCUUCUCCGAGUUGGAAGAAGACCCCACGCUUGUCAAUGCUAAGCGCGCUGAGGCAAUGCUUAUUAUGACCAGCAUCAUCCGUGUCGGCCAAUCUCAAUUUGUCACUUCGCCUAUAGACGAGGAUUCUUAUGAUCGUAUCAUGCAAGAUCUUCAUGUAGUCGAAAACAUACCCAACGAUCGUGUUAUGGAACAAGUUUAUCUCAAUGAUACCAAAGCAGCGUUUGCCAAACAAGUCCAAGCUGAAGAUAAACGAUUAGCAGACAAAAGAUCUAAGGACGAUGCGUCUGUGACUAUCCAAGUUGACGAUGCCAUUGUAUUCAGACAAUUCACAAAGAAAUCUGCUGGAGAUAGCAACGAUGAAUAUGAGUUGGAUCUCUCUCGUGCCACUGGCGUUAUUGACUUGAACGAUGACUUAAUAUCCAAGUUGAGCCGUGUUGUACAACUCACUGGAUUUUCUGACCCUGUAUAUGCAGAAGCCAUUGUUAAUGUUCAUCAAUAUGAUAUUCUUCUAGAUGUCCUCAUCGUCAACCAGACCAACACGACGUUGCAGAACUUGACUGUGGAGUUUGCCACUCUUGGUGAUCUCAAACUUGUCGAUCGUCCCGCCGCACAUAAUCUUGCCCCCCACUCUUUCCUUACUGUCAAAGCUCCUAUUAAGGUCUCUUCCACCGAGACUGGUGUCAUCUUUGGCAACAUCGUAUACGACACCCAUGGAGCUUCUGAUAGCAAUUGCGUGGUUCUCAAUGAUAUCCAUAUUGACAUUAUGGAUUACAUCAACCCUGCCAGCUGCACUGAAACUCAGUUCCGCAGCAUGUGGACUGAAUUUGAAUGGGAGAACAAGGUCAACGUUAACACCAACAUCUUGGACUUGAGAGAAUAUCUCGAUCACAUCAUGAAGUCCACCAACAUGAGCUGCUUGACACCAGAGAAGCAGUUGGAGGGUGACUGUGGAUUCCUGUCGGCCAACAUGUAUGCUAGAAGCAUCUUUGGAGAGGACGCACUGGCCAACUUGAGCAUUGAACGAAGUGCUGAGGGCCCUAUUAGCGGUCACAUCCGCAUUCGCAGCAAGACGCAAGGUAUUGCCUUGAGUUUGGGCGAUAAGAUCACUAUUGCACAGAAGAGAAGUUAGACAUCCCCCAAGACCCAUAGUUUAAAAAAAAACACCUGAAAGAAAUGUUUCCCUGAGCGUCAAUGUUACAUUGCUGUUUCCAUAUUAUCCAAUAAAACGUACAAAACAUUAGUUACUGAUCAGCAGAU